AUGCUAAUAUUGAAAGGAAUUCUUGAAAUUCCCACCACAAAACUUGAGGACAGUGGAGUCUACACAUGUGAAGUUCAGAAUGAUGCUGGGAGUAUCAGUUGUAGCACUACACUCACCAUUAAAGAACCACCAUCUUUCCUCAAAGAACCCCAGCCUGUGGAUGGUGUGAAGGGCAGAAAUGUCAGUCUAGAAUGUGAACUUCUUGGCACAGCACCCUUUGAGAUAACAUGGUAUAAAGACAAAAAAACCCUUAAGGACAGUAGAAAGUACAAGUUUGUAAAUGAGGGUUGCUCUGUUACUCUUCAUAUUCUGAAUCUGGAGGCUUUUGAUGUUGGUGAAUAUCAGUGUAAAGCAUCAAACAAUGUUGGGAGCGCAACAUGUACUGGCACAGUUAAGCUUAGAGAACCACCCGCAUUUGUGAAGAAAUUGUCUAAUCUCUCAGUCAUUUGUGGUGAAGAAGCAAUGUUUGCUGCAUCUGUCAAAGGUUUCCAACCAAUGACUAUCUCUUGGGUGCGAGAUAAAGAUAAUGUUUUGAGAGAUAGUGAAAACCACAAGAUUUCCUUUGAGGACAACCAGAUUACUUUGAGAAUCUUUAAGACUGAUGUUUUGUCUUCUGGCAAAUACAUUUGCCAGGUUAAAAAUGAUGCUGGAUCAGUGGAGUCAAUUGCAAAAUUGACUGUUCUAGAACCAGCUUCAAUUCUGGAUAAACUAGAGUCAUUCAGUGUCACAGCGUGUGACACAGCUAUAUUGCAAUUUACAGUAACUGGGACACCAGAGCUGAAACCAAAAUGGUUUAGAGAUGGUGCAGAGUUAUCCUCUGGACAAAAAUACAAAAUUACCUUUUCAAAAAUGAUUUCCACUCUGAAGAUUCUGUCAGCAGAAACUAAAGAUACUGGAGAAUAUACAUUUGAAGUUUCAAAUGAAGUUGGUAGUGAUACCUGCAAAACAUAUCUUACUGUCCUAGAUAAAAUCUUACCGCCUACAUUUAUACGAAAAUUGAAUGAUACUCGAAUGAUACUUGGUAAACCUGGUCAGAUGGACUGUAAAGUCUCAGGAUCACAACCUUUAACCAUUUCUUGGUUUCAUGAUGGAAAAGAGAUAGUAAGUGGACCAAACCAUGAGGUUACAUUCUCUGACAACACCUGCCUGCUAAACCUACCCAGUCUUAAACUGCCAGAUUCUGGGAUGUACUUGUGUAGAGCUGUAAAUUCAGCUGGGGCCAGUGAGACCAGUGCCUCUUUAUUUGUCAGAGAACCUCCCUCAUUUAUUGAAAAACCACAAAAUAUGGAAGUGCUACCUGGCACAAACAUUACUUUUUCAGCCACUGUAAAAGGAAGUGCCCCACUAAAACUGAAAUGGUUCAGAGGUAGUGCAGAAAUUAUAUCUGGAAAAGGUUGUGCAAUUGCCUUACGGGGUGAUACAGCCACUCUUGAACUGUUUCAAAUAGCCAAGUCCCAUGCUGGAGAUUAUACAUGUCAGGUCAGCAAUGAUGCUGGAAUGGAUGAUUGCUCUGUUAAUCUUUUUAUAAAAGAACCUGCAUAUUUUGUGAAGAAACCGAAGGAUCUUGCAGUUGAAAUAGGAAAAAUGUUGCUGCUUGAGUGUGCAUAUGCUGGAAGCCCGGAAAUACAAGUAAAAUGGUUUAAGGAUGAUAACGAGAUCUUUUCCUCUUAUAAAUAUAACAUCACGACCACAGAGAGCUCCUGCAUAUUGGAGUGUCUCAACACUGACAAAGAUGACAGUGGGAGAUAUUCCUGUCAAGUUUUUAAUGAAGUGGGAAGUGAUUCGUGUCAUGCACAAGUCUCUAUAUUAGAACCCCCUUACUUUAUUGAAAAGUUGGAACCAAUGGAUGUGACUGCAGGAGAUACAGUUUGUUUGAAAUGUCAUAUUGGAGGCACACCUGAAAUAAAGGUUUCCUGGUUUAAGGCAGAUGGAAAACUGCGAUCCUCUGCUGCUUGUAAAAUAGAGUUUACUAGAGGCAUUGCCUCUUUGAAAUUAAGUAAAGCUGUCCAAACUGAUGCUGGUGAGUAUACAUUUAAAGCAGAAAAUAGCAUUGGAUCAGCCUCCUCAAGCUGUCGUUUAACAGUCCAAGAUGUUAAAACACCACCUUCCUUUCCCAAGAAAAUAAUGAGUCUGCAGCAGACUGAAGGCCAGCCAGCUAGAUUUGAGUGCCGUAUUGCAGGGUCUUCUCCUUUGGAGGUUUCUUGGCUUAAAGAUGGUGAACCUUUGAAGGAAAAUGAUGAAUACUCAAUGUCUUUUGAUGAUAACACUGCUGUUCUAACAAUAUCCAGAGGUGAAAUGAAACAUUCUGGUGAAUAUACCUGUGUUGCUACCAAUAGUGUUGGAACAGCAUCUUGUAGAGCAAAGCUCACACUGCAAGAGCCAAGAUAUCCUCCAGUCUUUGAUAAAAAGCUGCAACCUGUGGAAGUUUCUGUGGGAGACAGUGUGGACCUUGAAUGUCAUAUGACAGGAUCUUUACCGAUUAAAGUGACUUGGUCAAAGGAUCAAAAAGAUAUUCGUGCAGCAGGAAAUUAUAAAAUUUCGUGUGUGGAUAACACACCACAUCUGACAAUUUUGAAGGCGGAUAAAACAGAUUCUGGCCAGUAUUAUUGUCAUGCUAGCAAUGAUAUUGGGAAGGACACUUGUAGCACUCAAGUUUCUGUAAAAGAGCGCAAAACUCCACCGUCAUUCACAAAAAAACCUUCUGAAAGUAUUGAGGAUGCUGAGGGGAACCUUGUGAAGCUGGAAGGACGUGUGUCUGGAUCCCAGCCCAUAAGCAUUAGCUGGUACAAGGAUGGCAGUGAAAUCUACAGCUCUGACAGUUAUGAAAUUUCUUUCAAGAACAACGUAGCUCUGCUGGGUGUUAAGAGAGCUCAGCUUUCUGACCGUGGCACUUAUACUUGCCAAGCCUCCAAUGAAGCUGGCACAUCCUCCUAUCAGGUGUCUCUUGCUAUAACAGAACGUAAGAUGUCCCCUGUGUUUGAUCAGCCCCUCAAACCAUUAUCAAUUAACGAGGGUGAGAAGCUGCAUUUGAGCUGUCAUGUUCGGGGAUCUCUACCAAUGAAUAUUCAGUGGAUGAAGGACAGGAAAGAGAUAACAUCUUCUGCGAAGACUAGGAUUACUUUUGUUGAUGGCACAGCUACAUUGGAAAUAAGCUCUGCAUCUAAAACAGAUGCUGGUGACUAUCUGUGCAAGGCCACCAAUGAUGCUGGAAGUGAAUUCUGCAAAUCCAAAGUGACUGUAAAAGAUAAACCAGGAGCACCAGCAGCUGUUGAAGCAGCCCCAGCAGCUGCAAAGCCUGUUAAGAAAUUGGACAACUUAUUCUUCAUUGAUGAACCCAAGAGUCUUACUGCAAAUGAAAAGGGCACAGCAACAUUCUUUGCCAAAGUUGGUGGUGAUCCAAUUCCUAAUGUGAAAUGGAUGAAAGGNCAAGUUGGUGGAGACCCAAUUCCUACCAUUAAAUGGAUGAAAGGCAAGUGGAGGCAGAUCAGUCAUGGUGGUCGCAUCACUGUUGAACAAAAGGGACAGGAUGCCAAGCUGGAAAUCCAAGCAUUGACCAAAUCAGACUCUGGGCAGUACAGAUGUGUUGCAUCCAACAAGCAUGGAGAAAUUGAAUGUAGCACAGAAUUGAAAGUUGAAGAAAAGAAAGAGGCUGCACUUCUUGAAGGAGACUUAAGAGCUAAAUUGAAGAAGUAA